GUGGCAAUCACACGUUGAUUCUUUUCGACUAAUCACAAAGACAUCGGCACCCUCUAUCUAGUAUUCGGUGCUUGAGCUGGAAUAGUAGGCACAGCUUUAAGCCUUCUUAUUCGGGCAGAACUAAGCCAACCAGGCGCACUUCUAGGAGACGACCAAAUUUAUAACGUUAUUGUUACCGCACAUGCCUUCGUAAUAAUUUUCUUUAUAGUAAUACCAAUUAUAAUCGGAGGGUUUGGAAACUGACUGGUCCCCCUUAUGCUUGGCGCCCCCGACAUAGCAUUCCCUCGUAUAAACAACAUAAGCUUCUGAUUACUUCCUCCCUCUUUCCUUCUUCUACUCGCCUCCUCAGGAGUUGAAGCAGGUGCCGGAACAGGCUGAACUGUUUAUCCUCCACUAUCUGGAAACCUAGCCCAUGCAGGAGCAUCAGUAGACUUAACUAUCUUCUCCCUCCAUCUGGCAGGUGUUUCAUCAAUUCUUGGAGCAAUUAACUUUAUUACCACCAUUAUUAACAUGAAACCCCCCGCCAUCACACAGUAUCAAACCCCCCUAUUCGUGUGAGCUGUUCUGAUUACUGCUGUUCUCCUUCUCCUUUCUCUACCAGUCUUAGCUGCCGGCAUUACCAUGCUCCUAACUGACCGAAAUCUAAAUACUACUUUCUUUGACCCCGCAGGGGGAGGAGACCCUAUUCUUUACCAACACCUUUUCUGAUUCUUCGGACACCCAGAAGUUUACAUUCUUAUCCUGCCAGGAUUCGGAAUAAUUUCCCAUAUCGUAGCCUACUACUCUGGCAAAAAAGAACCUUUCGGAUACAUGGGCAUGGUUUGAGCAAUAAUGGCCAUUGGCCUAUUGGGAUUUAUUGUGUGAGCCCACCAUAUGUUUACAGUUGGAAUAGAUGUAGACACCCGAGCCUAUUUCACAUCCGCCACGAUGAUCAUUGCCAUCCCGACAGGCGUAAAAGUCUUUAGCUGACUAGCCACUCUUCAUGGAGGGACAGUAAAAUGAGACACCCCCCUACUAUGAGCUCUCGGCUUUAUUUUCUUAUUUACAGUUGGAGGCUUAACAGGAAUUGUCCUUGCCAACUCUUCCCUGGACAUUGUUCUUCAUGACACCUACUAUGUAGUUGCUCACUUCCACUAUGUUCUUUCUAUGGGAGCUGUCUUUGCAAUCGUCGCCGGCUUCGUGCACUGAUUCCCCCUAUUCUCUGGCUACACCCUCCACACAACAUGAACUAAAAUCCAUUUUGGAGUGAUGUUUGUGGGAGUAAACCUCACCUUUUUCCCCCAACACUUCCUUGGACUAGCUGGAAUACCUCGACGAUACUCUGAUUACCCAGAUGCUUACACCAUGUGAAACACAGUAUCAUCUAUCGGAUCCCUAGUCUCCCUUGUAGCAGUAAUUAUGUUCCUAUUUAUUAUCUGAGAAGCAUUUGCAGCCAAACGUGAAGUCCUCUGAGUCGAACUAACCUCAACAAACGUCGAAUGACUCCACGGCUGCCCUCCCCCUUACCACACCUUUGAAGAACCUGCGUUUGUUCAAAUUCAACAAACCUCACUAGAACACAAGUAA